AUGUGUAGUGUUCAGGUACUACGUAAGCGACCGUCCGUACACCAGGUAACGGUAGGACAACUGCCGGCAAGACGGAAACUGGCGGCCCGGUCGCCUAGGCCCCUGGUACCAACAACGUGGUUCCGGCGACGCACUGCGAGACCAAAUUCAAUCAAUAGCCGGACAAAAAGUCCUAACCGUAAAUAUUUAAUUAUAUAUAUACAUUAGGGUGACCAUUUUUAUGGGGAAAAAAAAAAAAAACGGGACAUACAUUACUCCCCCCCCCAAAAAACCCCUUUUAUAUACAAUAAUAUACAUUCACACAUAUCCACACAACUGUAGAGUGUAAAAAUACAAACCCGAGUCUUAUCACAAACAAUUAUUUUGUUAAUUUUAAAAUUAUACAUGUAUAUUAAAACUAUAAAAUUAUAAAUAAUAUUAUAUUUCACAUAAUAUUUAAGUUCGUAGAUUACGUAGAACGACACAUUAUGCCCUAUACAAUAUGUCUCAUGCUUAUCGCUAAUUUUACUUUCGUCGGUAUUGAGACUCAAUGUUCGUUCCACGAAAACUGUUAUCUGUUAUUUAUAAAUUUGGUUUCAAAUUUUAAAUAUUGGUACGAGUAAAACUGUUUUUUAUGUUUGUUUCGUACAUCGAUAUUAUUUUCCACCAACACAAUAUGGAAAUAACGGGAUUAAAACGGCACCAUCUUCUAAAAACUGGAUAAAAAGCGUCCCGUUCGAAGUUUGUCGGGACACCGGGGACCCUCCUACUAGUAAGCUGGGAUUGAUUAAAUAGGCGAUGAAUUUUUUUUUUUUUUUUUGCUCAUCACUCAUCACCCACCUAAUCUUCGGUCCUCUCUCUAUAAAUUCUUCAAUACCACCCCAAAAAAGGUCUUCCCACGCCCCAACUUCUUUUUAAUGGUGCCCUAGGCUGCAGCCUUUUCAGCCUAUUGGUUAAUUAGGCCCUGCCCAUAGGACAGAGAAAUGUUAUCGAUUUCCCAUUUCAAUCCCGAAAAAGUCCAGUGUUGGUAAAACGGUCAAUCAUUUGCGUAUACAUAAAAAUCGUGUAUUACUAUUAUGGCACGCCGAUCAAACAUUCGAUAUUUAUAAUAAUAAAAUUUAUUUGGUCGUUACGGGAACUUAACGCGGAAAAUUCGUUUACACCGAUUUAACAAUCUUAAAUUUAUUUAUUGUACGUUCUUUACGUACGGCAUACAGAAUACACCAGCAAACUUGGUUACUCGGAUAAUGUUACGAACAUCGAUUAUUUUUUUCUCGAUAUUUUAAUUGUUAAGUCAGAUAUUACGUGUAGGUAUAUGAAAUAUAGCAAUUUAAAAAUGCGUACAUAUAAAUCGCUGAGAAAAAUUAAAAUAUCGAGAAAAAACCCGUGUACGUGAGGACAGAAGCUGAAAACCUUUUAAAAAGUUCGAUAAAAAUAAUCACUGUUUAAUCUAAUACGAAAACUGACAGUAUAAAGUUAACCGUGUUAAACGUCUGCUAUAUCGUGCGUUUGUAUAAGACGAGGGUUAAGCACGCGGAUAUCAAAUUCGCUAUUAUAACUUUAUUUUUUACUUCAUAGUAAGUUCUUUAAAUGUAAUUAUGUUACACUGUCUACUCGCAUGUUUUACAUAAGUUUUGUGUAUAUCUACGGUUUUAUUCCAGUAGUCCGACUAUAUAAUUAACAAAAUGCGAUAAUUUUUUUUCUAUUGAAUAUUUUUGUAAUAUUUUUUAAUUUGGAAUAAUUAUUAGAACAUUCCGUGAUAAUUGUUAUAUUUUAUAUUUUUAAUUUUUUUACUUUAAAAUUAAAAACAAAAACAUUUAGAUUUUUCAUUUAUUAUUAUUUUUUUUGUAUAUAAACCAAGACAGCUAUUUUAUAUAUUGAUCUGUAAAUUCUUAUUUUUGUGCCUUUUGCUGCUCGGUUCGAUGCUCAUUUGGAUGUGAAAAUAACAAACGAUUUAAAAACAGUUAAAAGAAAACUAUCGUCUUCGGAGUCUUCCUCCAAGACGUUUAAGAAUUCCAAAAUUGAAACUAAAAAGCAUCCACGUAAGUUUUAAACAAUAUCAUUUUAGUUUACGGCCUUUAUAUAAAUUAACUACUUCGGUUUUAUUCUUCUUGUGUCCGUCCAUUUUGCUGUUCGAUUCCGUGUGAAUUCGGAUGUGAACGUAACGAACAAUUUGAAAACAGAACAAAGAUCACCGCCAUUGGUUUCAACUCCCGGAAUAACGUUUGAAAAGGAGUCCGGUGCUAAAGAACUACCAAGUAAGUUAAAAAUGCAUUUAUUUACUUGGCGUCCCGUAUACACGGUUUGGGAGUGAUAAAUGCGCUCAAUUCAACUAUAACAUCAAUAUGUGGGGAGGGGGUAAAUUUAAAAUGUAAAUAUAAAAUAUUUGAUCGUCUAACAAAUAAUGCAUAAUGUAUAUUAUAAUGAAUAUAAACUAACUAGCUGUAAAAUGUAUUGUGAAAAAUAUACUUUUAUUAUUACUCGGCUUUGCUUAUGGGCAGCAAUUUUGUAACUUGAAUUUUUAAUAUUAUCUUUAUAUUUCGCUCGUAUGAGUGAGCGUAGCACGUUUAUCGAAUAAUGUUUGUAAAAACGAUAAUUUAAAAAACUAAAUAAUUUUGAAUAAUUUUUUAUAUUACCUAUAGUUAUUAUAAUAUAUGUAGGUAAUCAAUAAUAAUAUAUUAUAUACAUUAUUGAAAUUUAUUGUACUCGAAAAAUUUUUGAUAGUUUUCACAUUUGUUCUGAUUUAUUUAGAUAACCGAGUCAAUAUAGUUUCUUGAUUAAUCUCAGAACAAAUUUCCAGAAUUCCGGGAAUCUUCAUUUUCUAAUUUAAUAUUAACCAGAUAAAAAUAUUUCACGAUCCAUUAAAGAAUUUGAAGAAAUCAUAGGUGAACCGAUUGUCAUCUCCGAUGAACCCAGUUCGGAUGAGUCGGAGACAUCCAGCUCGGGAAAUUUCCGACAAACAUCCGAAAUUCUGAAAAUCUUGGUUGACAAAAAUUCGAUCUGGACGUCACCAAGUGUAACCAAAAUAUCAAAUGCCAGAUUGAAAGCGGCCAUUGGUAAAUAAUCGAAUUUUCAGACUAAAAUUGUAUUAUUAAUUAAAAACAAAAAAAAUUAAAAUACAAGUAUACUACAAACGGUAAAAAUAUAAUAGUUAUUUGAGAUCGUGCACCUUAAUUUUAUGUUAAUACUUGCAGCAGACGUUUUGAGUUGAUUUCAAUAGGCGAGAUCGCAUAAUAAAACGAAUCGCUUUAUCAUGUUCGUCCUCCACCAGUGAUUUCAAAGAAAAUUUUAAUGUAAAUUUAAUAACAUAUUAUUAUAAUGUUCAAAAAUGUGCCUUAAUAACUUUCUCACAAAAUGAUUAUUAUAUUAGGUAUGUUAUUAAAAUACUAAGGUUACUAAGGUUACUAAGGUACUAAUAUCAAAUAUUUGAGAAUUAUUUUAAUUACAAUUUGACAGUGUUAGUAUUAAAUAUGAUUAAGGUGGUAUGAUAAUGUGGAUUGUAUAAAUUAUAAUUAACAAAAAUAUAUUGUUUAAGUAUCUACCUAACAUCAUUAAAAUACUAUUGAGUCGGUAAAAAUUAAUUGUCAACAAUUUUCCGGUAAACCAUUUUAAAAUAUAAUAUAUCCCAUUUGAUAGCACUCAAACACUUUGAAUAACAAUUAUUAACUUAUUGUAGUAACAGCUGUUUUAUAUCAAUUAAAUUACUAUUGAUAAUUGUUAACCAUUAAAUUACAGAUAGCAUAUUAAUUAAGGAACCAGAUGUACCGGAAACCCGAGGAGUCACAAGUUUAUUUUUACGGGUUUUAUAAACGAAUUGCGAGUGCACGAGAACGCAGUAUGCAACCUAUUGUUAAUAGACCUGAAAGCAUUAAAGGUAAUUAAAAAAAAAAAAAAAACCAGAAAUCCAUUAGAUUAAAUAUAUAUAUAUUUGACCGGAAUCUAUUUUUAUUACAUUUUUACUGUUUAUCAGUGGAAAAGCUGAGCGAGGAGGUAACAGGUAUAAUUGAACCCAACACAAACAUUUUUUUUGUGUAUUCAUUUGUUUACCUUGGUAUUCAAUUUUAUGAAAUAGGGUAAUUAAUGACCCUCACCCCACUUAAUAAAAGUUUUCCAAGUACUUCUGCGUAUCAUAUUUAAGGUCGCUAUCAAUAAAAGGACAAAGGUUAAUAAAAAUGAGUGGAAUGAUUUAAGUUAAAAAGGUGAGAGUGGCUUAUCAAGAGUUUUUUUUUUUUUUUUGUUAGACUACGAUAAAAUAUAAUUUCAGUUAUAUCUAAUUAAUGUAAAUAAAUAAUUGUAGUCCGAAGAAAUAUUUUCUUAAUAAUUGAUCUUGGAACAAAUUGUCAGAAUUUAGCGAAUUUCUUUGAUUGCUAAUUCAAUAUAAACAAUAUAAAAAUGUUUUAGAGGAUACGAAGAAGGACGACAAUGUAGAUGAUUUGGUUUACGAAGAUGUUGAAGACGACAAAAACAAUAAUGUAUCGUAG